AAACUACAUCAGUCUAAUUUGCCAUCGAAUAUUUUCUGAAAUAUUUCAAAGCACAUUUCGAAAAUGGAGGUGAAGAAGAAGGAUACCGAAAAAUACGCUAGCAUCAUCAUAACCGUCAUCCUGGUUUUGAUUUUUGGACAGAUGGCACUUCUUGCAUAUGAAAAUGCAGGAUCUCAAAUUAAAAAGGUUACGGAGACCUUGGCUGAGAAGGAGAAAGACGUGUACAAACUUUAUUGUUACGUUGGAAAAUUUUUCUUUUGGAUUUUGUCCGCGAUAUUUGUCUUGGUCGGAUCAAUUUUACUUGAGAUCUGGGGCACUCGAGUUACCAUUGAUUUCUUAAGUGGAGAAAAUAUUAGUCCUCCUUUGAAAGUGGUACAGGAAAAUUUAGUACCAGAGCAUCCCGCUGAAAAUGAAGCAACGACAAACAGUAACUCUCGGUUGGAAGAAUUGAAACUCAAGAUAGGAACCUUGGAGGAAUUGAUAGCCAAAUUCAAACGCCAGGAUGAAUCUCAGGAAGUUGAAAGGGAUUGUGUGGAUGGGAACAUGAGAUUUACUCCGACUGAGGGAACCAGGGGGUUAAAAAUUUCGCAAGAGCUUCGCGCGUGUGCCUUUGUUCCAUGGCACGAGCGAGAUAUCGUGAGUUGGGUCAAAUAAAGGAAAGACGAAUGGAACUAAUGUGACAAUAUAUAAGAAGAGUGUAACAACUUCUCCCACGAAUUAAGUAAAUGAAAUUGCAAACUAUAUAAAG